AUGGACAUAGGGAUAGAUACCCAAGGUCUAGAAGACCUUUCUCAGGCCUCGAACGUGCCAGGUUUUGAUCCAUCGCAGACUACUAAGGACAACGACAAAUCAUGUGAUUGGUGGACUCCGAUGAGUACAGUCCAGAAAAUAAAGAUUGAACCAAUGCAAGAAAAUAAAGCUCCACCGCCAACUAAGUGGAAUAAAUGGCAAAGGAAACUUGAGCUUAGUGACUCACCGAUGCCGUCUGAUGGAAGAGGAGAACUUCCAUCUCAUGGACAAACUAAUAAAGUAUGGGAUAUCGAUGUUGAUCGUCUCGACUUUCCUCUACAGGGAAGGAAUAGGCAAUACGUGGAGAAGUUUGUUGUUAUGAUUCUUAGGAUAGUAAAGGCUGUUGCACCACCUGAAAACAAGAAGUAUCUACUCUUGGAAAAGUAUUAUAUCGUAGAGGUACUUCUGAAGGUUAGAUUGAACAAGAUUUUAUGUGAUUGCGGGGCAUAUGCACUCAAACAUUUGGAAUGCCAACUCCUUGGUCUUGACCUCAGUUUAGUGGAUGACGAAAUCAUCCAGGAUUGUCGUCAAAAGAUUGCUCUGGAUAUAUGGGAGGCUGCACAAGAUCCCAUUUUAAUUGAGUUGAUGACACAAUAUGUGCCUUCUAAUUUUGAGACAUAUAUUAUAUUUGACCUCGUAGAAGACUGA